CAGGAUCAGGAUCUUUACGCAACUUUUGGGGGAGAGGUGGCGGUGGUGCUGUUUCCUUCCUCUGAUCUUGACGUGAGCCGCGGCACGCACCGCCCACCACACACCAUGAGUGCCCUCUACCUUGUCUCCAAGCUGUGCCGGCCUGGCAAUGCCUCUAGGUUCAUCAAGGUGACACACCUUCAGCCAUGUCUGCGUCGCACCACUGUAACACUGGCCAAAGAAGGCCAAAGUGUGGUGUUAGAAGAGUUGCCUGAGGUUGGAAAGAAGUGGGUCAGCAGAUGGCUGUUUGGGUGCUCCGGCAUGGUGUUCGGCGCAGUAGUCAUCGGUGGACUUACUCGCCUCACUGAGUCUGGGCUGUCCAUGACUGACUGGCACCUGUUUGGAAAGCGACCACCCCUCUCCCAGGCUGAGUGGGAGAAGGAGUUUGCCCAGUACCAGCAGUAUCCUGAGUUCAAAAUGAAGAACAAGGAUCUGAGCCUCUCGGAGUUCAAGUUUAUCUGGUGGAUGGAAUACGGCCACCGUCAGUGGGGCCGCGCCAUUGGCACUGCCUUCCUCUUGCCUGCAGCUUACUUCUGGCACAAAGGCUGGUUCACACGAGCACUAAAGAAGAGAGUUGUGGCCUGUGGAGCCUUGAUUGGCGUCCAGGGCCUGCUGGGCUGGUACAUGGUCAAGUCUGGCUUGGAGAAGGAGCGCUUCAGGGACCCCUCAGACGUGCCAAGGGUGUCCCAAUACCGCCUCGCCGCCCACCUCGGCACGGCCUUUGUGCUCUACAGUCUCUUUCUCUGGAAUGCCCUUGGUGUUGCCUUCCCUGCACAAAAAAUCAAACAGGUGACGGCACAGGCUGCAAAGUUCCGAAAGCUGGCACACGUCACCAAAGGCUGGGUGUUCCUUACUGCUCUCUCAGGGGCAUUGGUGGCUGGUCUGGACGCUGGGCUGGUCUACAACUCCUUCCCCAAGUUUGCAGACCGCUGGAUCCCUAGUGAUCUUCUUGCCUUAUCCCCGACGCUCAGAAACUUCACCGAGAACCCCACCACUGUGCAGUUUGACCACAGAAUCAUGGGGACAAUUUCUCUAGGCCUGGCCACAGCCCUCUAUGUGUGGUCAAGGAGAGGAGUGCGGCUGCCUCCUAGAGCUUAUCUGGCAUCAACUGCCCUCGGGGGAAUGGCUUGGAUGCAGGUCGGCUUAGGAAUCUCUACCCUUCUGCUGUACGUUCCCACGGCCCUGGCAGCCAUGCACCAGUCAGGCUCCCUCCUCACCCUGUCCUUUGCCAUCUGGCUCACCCAUGAACUGAAGCAUGUGAAGAAGCUACCCAAAUGAGUCUGUAUAAAAUAAAGCACAAGUAUAUAGUGUAAAAAGAAGACUGUGAACAUGACGGAGAAUGAGUGAUUGGUUGCUGCUGAUGUGAAUGGUACUCAAGAGAUAUUGUUGUUGCAGUUUAUAUUGAAAUAUUGAUCCAGCUUUGAGAAAAUAGAAAAGCCUUUAUUUUUAGAAAUGGAGCAACAAAUUUAGUUUUCACACUGCUUUUUUCCAAUACUGAUUUGUAAUAACUCAAAAUGAAACUUAAUGUACCAUCAGAACCAGCUUAGGAAGAACAAAUUAAUCUCAACAAUCAUCAUUCUCAUUUGGCUGAUGUUUGUCUGAUGUUAAUUAAUAUAAGAAGUCGUAUAAUUAUCUGCAUUAGCUUUCAAAAGUAGCAUACUCCAUAGUAUUGCUUUCUCACAGUUAGUACCUGUAUUGUAUAUAAAAAUUGAAUAGAAUAUUUUUACGAUAAGUAUGAACAUUCUUCUAUCUGUGAUGACUACAAUAGAAUCAUGUGGUAGACAUUUCCUCCUGUUUGUAUGAUCAGAAGGAAUAUUAGAAGUGUGGUGCUUGAAUUACUUCACCAGUUCACGUGUGCUGAGUGCAGAGCAGAGUUACUAAAGACAAUGAAAAAUUCUGGUUCCUCUUCUUUAGUUUGGUAACAUUGAUUUUUUUUUCAAAUUCACACGACCACAUGGGUUCCUUCACAUGAGCGUUCCCGUAUGAGCAUUCGCCUGCGCGCCGUUUUAACAUUCAAUGGAGUUCAAUAGGAUCUUUCACACGACAUGUUGCACGCACAUACAACGCGGCGCAAAUGCCCAAGCCAGCAAGGACGCGUACGUUCUUCCUGAUGCACACGUCCUUGCUGGCUACGAGUGGCAAUGGGAGCUUGCACACGAGCGUCUUGGUACGCAUGCACGCCGGCCCUGCUGUCAUUGGCCAUCACUCUCAACUGGGUGAGAGGUCAGUCACGCUCAAACCUUCCCGUCCCAUGGAUGUGCACUGACAGCAAUUAGUUCUGGUGUGUAGUGCAUUCGAGUACGAUGUAACAGUCAUGAUUUAUAUAGUCCAUUUCAUUCCAUCUGUCCACUCACGAACGUAGAUGUGGCACCUGCAUAAACCUGCGUAAACAAGCACAGCUUUCUUCUGUGCGUUCUUCAUCUGGAGGAGAUGGUGGAUGACUGAAAGAAUGGUUCGGAGGGGAACACAGGGCGGCAGCAGGGGUCUGCUGGUCUGUCAGUGAAACGCGAACGUGUGGCAAAUGCGUGUACAAAAAUCUGACACUUUUCUGUCUACGUGCUCAACAUGCACUCAGAAACGCCCGUGUGAAUGAGGCCGUAGUAGGGCAGGUGUCCAGAAGAGUGUUCUGUGAACGCUUGUACUGGUAUUUGUUUAUUAGUAUUUUGUGCCACUAAAAAUCUACUAGAAACACUGACACCAUUCAAAUAUAGCUAACUUGAUUUAUACAGAAGCUCCCUGCCGUUCGCAGCCUCACUGCUCACGGAUUCGCUUAUACGCAGGUAGGGUAUUUGCGACACCCCCCGCCGAACGCGGAUGAAAACUCACUUUUCCCCGACCAAUGUUGCAUCCUGUAGAGAUCUUCCUACGCGGUCUGUAGUACCCUGCUCGAACGUUGCGCAAUGUAAAAAAAAAAAAACGUCCCUGGGGCUGGAUCUUGGGCUGGAUGUACGGGACUGUCUCUUUCUAAAGGAAACUUACUUAUUUUUGCUUUCCAAAUAUCAACAUUUGAUUUAAAUGUUAUGUUCAUGCAUGGAAGGCCGCAGUGCUAUUCGCACUACGUAUUUCCCCGUGGGUCUGACGUUUGGCUGACAGGAUCAUGGUGGUUAAGAACCAUAGUUAUCCUACGUGCACUGUAAUGAGAACUCAUUAAUCUAGGACACAUAAAACAUAAUUAAUAAAACUGGAAUAACUUUACAUCUCUUUCCCUCCCAAACAGAACAUUACAGUGUUAAAGUAAGCGAAAUAAUCCUUAAGUAUGAUACACAUAGAUGCUUUUCGGGUCUUUCAAGCUUGGCAACGCUGUCCCCACACUAAACGAUAUUCAGUUAAAGUUAUUGUUAAAACCGUCAGUUAGGAAUGUUAUGCAAUAGUUAUGGGUCAGGAAACGGAAUAUACUAUGUGCUAGGUACGAUGAUCUGGCACCACUGGUGUACCCGGAGCAAAACAAACAACUUGUUUGUUUUACCUCCGCCGCGGCCGCCAUCUUGUUUGAAACAAGAUGGCGGCCGUGGUGAGGACGGUGAGGCCACGAGCCUUUACACACUCACUCUUGCUUACUGGGCGGGUCAGGGCAUCAAAUAACACAACUAACCAUCACAUCAGACAAUUAAGAUCACCAGGAGAGCGGCAAUACUAGCUUAAACACAAGAUAUAUAGGGAAAAACAGAGCCUACAUUACCCCUUGCCUGGACGCGUGCUAAAUUAUUUCAGUCCAUAUUUAAUUUGUAAUUUAUGUGUAUGUAAAACUAUAUAACAAUGCUAAGAAAUGCUUUUGAAACCCAUUUAUUUUAUUCAAUCGAGAUGGUAGAACGAAACCCUAUUUUCCCUAUUUGAUUAUAGUCCCGUCGAUCGCGGAUUCGCGGAUCACGGUAAUCUCGCGAAACCAAAUACCCGUGAACGGCGGGGGGCUUCUGUAUGUGUAACUCUGUGAUGUAUUAGCAGAUGUAUUUUUGCUUAAGUAAAUUCACUAAUGAAUUGUAAAAAAAAUAUCAUAAAUAAAGUCAGUGCCAAGGUUAGCAUUGGUGACCUUUCCCAAGA